CGAUGGCAGACUGUUCGUACGCUCGCUGUGUCCAGGAGCGACGCUACAUAAGACGCGAGCUGGCCAAGUGGACGAAAAAUAUGGUGCAUAUAGUCGGACUAGAACGUGUCGCUGAAGAAUUGAUGGGACGCAGGAAAUGGAAACACUAUCAGGACGUCCUAACGCGACAACAGUUGAAUCUGCUGGACCCGAGUACAACAAACUCCACCGAGGACGAUCUGCUGAGCGGCACGACCGGCGUUGCUGCUGCCGCCGCUGCAGCUGCUGCAGCAGCAGCGGCCGCCCAAUUGCAGCAAGGGCAGCUGAUGAAUACCUCCAGCGCCACUACCGCUGCCGCAGCCCUCUCGCUUGCUGGCGGCGGCAUGAUCGAUCAAAAGACCAGUCCCGCCGCCAUAGUGGCCGCAGCGAACGCUGCUGCCGUAGCUUCCCUCACUACACCUGCCGCUGCCCAAGCUGCCAACACAACUGCCGCGACGGCUAUAGUAAGAAAUGGUCACUGUCAGCAAGGCGACGUAGAUGUCGACCCAAAAAUUGCUGCCCCCGCCGCCAGUCCCGACAGUCCCCGUGCCACCAACUGUCUGGCAUCGGAAAAGCUUAGCCCUCACUCUAGUGCCAGAUCACCGCGACACGGCAACGAAGAACGGUCGGUGUCACCCCGCGACUGUCACGCGAAUGAUAACGGCACCGCAACACCGUCGACUGGUACGACACUUGACGGAACGUCUCCCUGUCCUACGUCACCCACCGGAACGGUGGAAGAAGAUCCUGCUCGGCCCAAGUCAGCUUCCGGUCCGCAGCAAGUAACUGCCGAGCCAAGAAAACCGAACACACCCGACCGUCGCGCGUCUUCCGUGACAAGUCCCGAUCUCCGAGGAGAGGAGCCAACUGACACCGAGCUUGAAAGUGUGUCCAUUGUAAAACAAGAACCUGUGGAAACGUCAACAGAAAAUGCCGAAACGUCGCGAAUAAAAUCAGAACAACUAAACUCAGAAUCGACGACAGAGACCGCGACGGUUAAGUUGGCACUCACAUCCAAGAUACCGAUAAUCGGGACAAACAACAACAAUACUAUCAACAGCAACAACAACAACAACACAAUUCAGCAUCGCAGCAACGGUAUGGCGACAGACGAUGGUUCCACUGGCACUACGCCACUAGCAACCGAAACACCCACGGAACCGGAGGCGGCCACCCCGGUCGACUGGAAGCCACAGGACAAGUGCUAUUUCUGCGUCGACGGUAAGCUGCUGUCAGUGAAUGAGGCAGGCGAAAUGGUUCCAGAGUCAGGUCCAGCCCCGAUGGAAGGAGAACGGUUCCUGAAUCGACGGGUAACUGCUGCUGCCGCGAUGGCCGAAUCUGACAGCGAUACGAGUGAAAGCAGUGAGCCGGAGCUUUUGGCUAAUCUACUGAGUGUUGGUGCGGCCGGUGGAGUGUCUGCCAAAUCGCUGGCCGCGCUACUACGCGAUGCUGGAUCCUCACAAAAUCUACCCUCGUUGCAGUCGCUUGUCGCGCAGUACACUGCGGCCGCUUCUCUACAGGGCUGUCUUCAGCCAAAUCUUGCCCAGCUUUACAACCCACUCUGGUAUUCGCAACUGCAGCAGCAAAUAUCACCGACUACUGUCGAUUCGGCUACUGUCGGCGCAGGAGGGGCAACCGCAACUGCUGCCAUCAGUCCUACGACUGCGGCCAAAAUAGCCGCGGACCUAGGAACGGUCGGUGGAACGGGGGAGCAGCCGCUUGAUCUCAGCGCGAAACCGGGCACUUCCGGCAUGACAUCACUGCUGAGCAUGAUGGAUCCGAAGCACCUUUACAAGUCAAAAUCUCGGUUAUCACCUAUCGGGGGUCGAAAAACCUACACCGAGGAUGGUUUGCAGAACGCUCUGCAAGACAUACUAAGCGGACGGCUCGGUACGCGCCGGGCAGCGAUGCAGUACGGUAUACCGCGCUCGACGUUACGCAACAAGGUGUGCAAGAUAGCGAUCGGCAGCAAGCGUAGCAUGGCAUCACUGCUGGACGAUGAUGACGAUAAGGACUCGCAGGACGAUGAAACGAAGGAAGCCGAUCUUCUGGACAAACUACCCCAGCACGUGCUGGCGGACAUGCUGAUGAAGAUGUACGGUGGAACCGGUGGCACAACCCGAACGCAAGAGACCACUCUUACCCGUACUCCGCCUGCCACCGCAACACCUCCCGCGCAUCGUGCCACACCCGAGCCGGCCUCGUUAGAUAUUGCCGGCAUGAGUCUAAAGCCGAUCACACUCUCGUCGACACCGCGCCAAUCCGUUGCACCUACCGCGACUCCUCCAGCGACUACACAGCCACCGCAAUCGUCUCCACUAGUAGCUGCGGCCGCAUCCACCCUACUCAACCCGAAUCUGGUAAUGCAGGUAGAACGCUUAUUGCAGGCAACGGCGACUGGGCAAGCGUCUGGCGAAACACAGCAGGCACUGGCUGAGCUACCCGAGCUCCUCCGCAAGAUAAUCGAUCAGCAACGGCUGCUUGCGGAUCAAAUUAAAAAGGCCAGCGGUGUUGCCGGCGUACCUCAGGCGGCUGGUUCAAUACAACCGUCCGUGCCUGCAAGUUCGGGUUCCAGUCCCACCAUAGCCGGACUUAGCGCCGGAGCAUCCUCCCUGGUAAACUCCUCUGCACUUGAUGCGGCACUGGCGAGGUCUCCUUCACUCAGUGCUGCACUCAAUGCAAACGGAACUGCUGGCCAGGGCGCUUCUAUCGAUCCCUGUUAUCUUCCGUUUUUCCAACAGCUGCAACAGCAGCAGCAGCAGCAGCAGCAACAACAACAGCAGCAGCAGCAGCAACAGCAACAUGGGAAACUGCGUACAAUGUCCGCUGGAACUCCGGACACGCCUGCUUCGAUAUCCUCCAUCGAGCUGAAUGACGUGGCGAGUGGCGAUGAUCCACACGUCAUACUAAAGAUUCCGUCCUACGGAAGAGCCCCAGGCGCCUCCCCAGGAGUUGGCGUCCCUGUCAGUAGUAAAAAUGGCGACCUGGAACGCCACCUGCAACAUCACAAUAUGACAACUCCAUCGCCCCCGACCGCCGCGGCCGCUGCCGUGCUGAGCAGUCUCGUGGCGGCACCGGUCCGUGCAUCACAUACAUCGGCCAGUCCGCAAACAAACCUACUGAACAGUGUUGGCAACGGUGGUACCAGCAUUGGAGGUGUUGCCUCCACACCGACCUCCUCGCAGGUUUCGCUGGCAUCAUCUCUUUCGUCAUCAUCACCACUCUCUUCACUGUCGGUCGCAUCAUCGAUAGCGCAGCAGGAACGAGGGAAUGCACAGGCGAAUCACCUGUCGGUCAUAUCUCCACCCCUGAUGAACCUGCGGGGUGUCGUGAAAGCAGAAUCCGCCAUCUCUCCACCAGUCUCCGGACAUCACGGUUCAACGGCAUCAACGGGACUAUCGACGCCAGGCGGCAAAUCGAUGCUCUCCGUGCACGAGGUGAUAGCGCGAAGCAUCAGUAAAAACUUUCAACAGCAGCAAUCGGACAUUAUGCAUAAACAGCAGAUGGAUCAGAUGAAACGGCCCAGCAUAUCGGUCAUCAAAACGCUCGGCGACAUAUCGCACUUUGGCAACGGGAGCGCAGCCGUUGCUGCUGCUGCAGCGGCGGCCGCCGGGCUUGGGUCCGUCGGAAAUGCGGCGCAGUUGGCGGCAGCGGCUGCAGCUGCAGCCAACAAUACUGGCACCGGAGGCAAAGGCACACGCCCCAAGCGUGGCAAGUACCGUAACUACGAUCGUGACAGUUUGGUGGAGGCGGUAAAAGCGGUGCAACGAGGUGAGAUGUCGGUGCAUCGAGCGGGAAGCUACUAUGGCGUUCCACACUCCACGCUGGAGUACAAGGUAAAGGAGCGGCAUCUAAUGCGACCGAGAAAACGUGAACCCAAACCACAGCCAGGCCUGGACGAUCAUCGGCUCGGCGGUUCGUCGUCCAGCAAGGGAUCGGCAGAUGGUUCGUCUUCCCUGCGUGGGCUCGACAAAGGUAAAGGUGGCAUGGGUGGACUUGGUUCGAAAAGUGCCGCAGGUAUGGGAGGUCACGCCGGCAAAAACCAUCAUCAUUUGCAGCAACAGGUGCAGCAGGCACAGCAGUCCCAGUUUUCCACCAACUCACCCAACGGUGCCCUUGGUGCGAAAAUGCCAAUAUUUGAUGCAUCGUCCAUUGGUUACGGACCACCCUUCUUCUGGCCCCACCAUGCAUCCGGAUUCGGCGGAAUGCCGGGCGUAGACUUUUCACGCGGUCAACCUACACCGGAUAAUGUCUUUAACUCCCCAACACUUAUGCAGCGGUUUCAACAAGAAUCCACGGCCAGUCCAUUGUCGCCAGCAGACACGAGACAUUACGCGGGUGGAAAAUCAGGCCCCGCUGGUGUCAGUGCGGCGGCGGCCGCUAGUAUAGCCGCCCUGCCUAAAGGUAGCAGUGUGCGUGAAAUGGCCGAACAACUGUACGAUGGCAGUGGUGCCAAUGGUGGCUCCUUCCUGGACGACAUCAUACGGCAAAGUCUCGACAAAAAGUCGGGCGAACUCACGAGCGGCCACAAUGCGCUGUUCGAUCAUUUACUGAAAGGCAAACUGCGCUCGUCAGCAGCCGCUGUUGGUUCGGUAGGAUCGGCCGAAGAUACCAACACGGCCACACUGCUUGCCAAAGCAGCGACCAAACGACCAGCCACCAGUCCCCCGUUAGCCUUCCACCCGGAAAGUGUCAAACGCGAACGGGCCAGCCCCGGUGCGUCAUCCACAUCCUCCACCGGCAGCAGUAACAACAACCGACUGGGCGUUGGUCUUGGCAACGAUCAGCAACAUCACGGACAUGGUCUUCAGCAGCAGCAGCAGCAGCAGCAGUCGAACUCAUCACAAAUAGCCGCCUGUGUCAGCACGCCCGAACUACUGCUCGCGAAAAACGUCGAGAGCCUCAUGAAACUGCAAGAGAAUCUUUCGUCGAUGUCCGCGGCGCACUUACAACGGACCGCGAUGGAAGAACUCAACGGCAUGCAAGGCUCCACCGGUAUCUCCACAUCCCGAGGUUCUCUGAUCGGUCACCAAUCGGAUUUGGCCGAUCAGCAUGGCUCGGACGGUGAAACCGAUACGGACUCGCUGCGAUCUAACAGUAACCACCAUGGGCACAGCCUGCGUCACAGUCUGCUGCAGCAGCAUCACCACCACCAUCACCACCAACGGGGACUCACCGAUGACAGCUCAUAGGGUCGGCUGCGCGGUGCAUCGGCAAUGCAACUGCGACGACCCAUCUGCUGAACGCGUUUAAGGUGAAGUAUGUGAUGAUGCGCUGUGCU